UGUGGUGCUGGGCAGAGCGUAAUGGCUCAGACGCUGCAGAUGGCGAUCCCUAACUUUGGCAACAACGUCCUGGAGUGUUUGAACGAGCAGCGGCUGCAGGGCCUGUACUGUGACGUCUCUGUGGUCGUCAAGGGACAUGCCUUCAAGGCCCACCGCGCGGUGCUGGCCGCCAGCAGCUCCUACUUCAGGGAUCUGUUCAACGCUGGGGGUAAGAGCUCGGUGGUGGAGCUGCCCCCGGCGGUGCAGCCGCAGAGCUUCCAGCAGAUCCUGGCCUUCUGCUACACAGGACGCCUCAGCAUGAACGUUGGAGACCAGUUCCUGCUCAUGUACACCGCCGGCUUCCUCCAGAUCCAACAGAUCAUGGAGAAAGGCACAGAGUUCUUCCUCAAGGUCUCAUCUCCAAGCUGUGACUCCCAGGGCCUCCACACUGAGGAGACCCCGCCCUCCGAGCCUCAGAGCCCUGUCACUCAAACAGUGGGAGGGGGUGGAGGUGGUGUUGUGGCAGCGGCCACAGGGAGGCCGUCCUCAUGUCUCACACCCCUCCCCCUGGUGUCCAAGGUAAAGACAGAACAGACGUCGACCACUCCUCAGAGCACCCCCCACCCGCAGCAGGAGGGCUCCCCCUACUCGGUGGUCUGCACCCCCGUGGCCAAGCGGCUGUGGGAAGGGGGCAACCGUGACGGGGUCGGAGGGUCCGGAGGUGGUGGCGGAAUGAGGAAGGCUGCACGCUAUUCUUCCUCCUCUUCCUCCUCCUCCUCUUCUAACAACACUACCCAGGAUGCCUCUGGUCGUGGACCUGCAUCUGGCAACGCUGUGAUGAUGGGCGGCGGCACCACUUCAGUGGGAGGAGCCGGACUCAACAGCAACCAUAACAACAAUAAUCACAACAACCACAAUAACCACAACAACGGUGGAACCCCCGAGGGCACGAGCCCGGGCACGCUGAGCAUGUACACCAGUGACUCGCCAAUCAGCUACCACGAUGACGAGGAGGAGGACGACGUGGCGGAUGAGAGCGCCGAAGAGCAGUACCGACAGAUCUGCAACAUGUACACCAUGUACAGCAUGCUGAACGCCGGGGCAGCCGUGGUCGGUGAGAGGGUGGAGGCUCUGCCGGACCAGGCCCCGGACUCGGGCGGCGGCCGGGGGGGCAGGGGGGCACGUUCUCGGCAGGACCUGGCUUCUCUGCCCGCCGAGCUCAUCAGCCAGAUCGGCAACCGCUGCCACCCGAAGCUGUACGAGGAGGGCGACCCGGCCGAGAAGCUGGAGCUGGUGAGCGGCACGUCCGUGUUCAUCUCCCGGGCUCAGCUCAUGAACUGCCACGUCAGCGCCGGCACCCGCCACAAAGUGCUGCUCAGACGCCUGCUGGCGGCGUUCUUCGACAGGAGCACUCUGGCAAACAGCUGUGGAACAGGAAUCCGCUCUUCAACCAACGACCCGAGUCGUAAACCGCUGGACAACCGAGUUCUGCACGCUGUCAAAUUUUAUUGCCAGAACUUUGCGCCGAGCUUCAAGGAGAGUGAGAUGAACGCCAUCGCGGCCGACAUGUGCACCAACGCUCGCCGCGUCGUCCGCAAGAGCUGGAUCCCCAAGCUCAAACUGCUGAUGGCCGACAGCGACGCCUACUCCGCCUUCCUGGCCGACAGCGUGAAGAUGGAGGCCGACGGGCUGGGGGCGGAGCAAGGCUUUGACCCCGCCUCCCUGGAGGCCGUGGCGGCGGCAGCAGCAGCCGCCAACAGUCACGAAUCAGGAGGCGGAGCCACGGCAGCUGACGCCCUCCAUGGGGCGGUGGGAGACGGCAGCACUUUGUUUUGAGUGAGUGAACGGACAGAUAGAUGGAUGGACAGAUUGAUGGGGGGGGUGAGUAGAGAACGGUGGCCUCCCUGAGGCCGGGACGACAGUUGUCAGUCCUCACUGAGCCGCCAUUUGUUUGGGGACAUGUCUCCACUUUGACUCUUCUGGUCAUUUUGUUCUGCUUUCCUUCUUCUGUUUGUCUCACUUCCAUCUUUCUCCAACGCUGAACGCCUCAUCACGGGUUGUUCCUCCUUCCUGUUCUGGUGGAGAGAGAUAGAAAGACAACAGAGAAAGAAAGGUUGCAGAGGGAAGACACCCCCCCAGAUCCUCAUCCCUCUGCAACCUUUCCAGACCUGAUAGUUUAAGCCUUUAUUUUUGUAUGUUUUAAAGUGUGUACUGUCACUGAGGCCAUUAUUCUAACCAUAAUCAAUCAGACAUUCCCUGGGGAGGGGGGGGGGGGGGUGAACCCACCCUCUAUUCCAGUAACACUGUGGUUUUUGAAUGUACGCGUGGUGGAGGUGGUGGAGGUGGUGGAGCGUGGUGAGGUGGUGGAGGCAGAGUGAGAUUGUACAGAGCCCAGUUUUAUUAUUUCUUUGCUUUAUUUCAUGUGGACGCCCCGAUGGAAGCUUCUCUGAGAGGCGUGGGGUCGACGAGGUCAGGGGUUGAAAUUAAUAUUAAUAUGUAUAUUGGCAUGGUUUAUGAUUCCCCCCACCCCCCCAUCCACACACCUCACCAACCCCUGCUCCAUGACUCCUGCUGGGCAUGCUGGGAAACUAAACGACCGGCCGCUGGAGAGAUACUGCUGACUUCCGAGCGGCAGCAUUUUUAGCUGCUGGUUGAUUUGUCGGCCAUUUUUGGUGGCAGAUAA